CUUCAACUCUCCAUCUCAAUACCACAUCUAUUCACCAUCUAUCAAAAUGGCAUCAAUCAAACCAUCAACUACCAUCACCUACAAAACCAUAGGAUCCCUCCAGAUCCCAAUGGACAUCUACCUCCCACCAAAUCCCACCAAAGCCCCCAUCCUCCUCUGGUUCCACGGCGGCGGUCUCCUACAAGGCCGUCGAGACAUGAUAGCCCCACACAUGCGCUCCGGCGUAGAAAAAUACAACUACAUCGCCAUCUCCGCCGACUACCGCCUCGCCCCACAAGCCCGCAUCCACGAAAUCCUCCAAGACGUCCAGGACUGCAUCGCAUUCAUCCGGACAGAUAUCCCCUCACUCCUCGGAGAUAAAGCCGACGUCUCCCGCCUCGCCGUCUCGGGGAGUUCGGCGGGUGGGUAUCUCGCCCUCUUGGCGGGGUUGUAUGUCGAGCCGAAGCCCAAGGUUAUUGCGCUCAUUUAUCCGAUUACGGAUCCGCUGGGUUCGUUCUUUACCACGCCUCAGUUGCCAGAGGAGGGGAAGCAUGUGCCCGAGGAAAAGGAAUUGGCGGGGUUUCUUGAUGUGGAUGCGCCUGUUGUUGCGAACUCGGGGUUAAAGCCGGAAGAGGAUGCAAGGGCUUAUAUGUAUGGGUAUAUGCUGCGUACUGCGACUCAUGCGCGACUGUUGGGUGUUCUAAGCGAUGAGAAAGGGUCAUUGCCGUAUCGGAUCUCAAGGAAUGUUUUUGGGUGUGGAUUGCCGCCGGCUUAUAUUGUCCAUGGGGACGCGGAUAGUGCUGUGGGAGUUGAGCAGGCGGAUGAAGUUGUUGGGGCGAUGGUGGGCUGUGGAUUGGAUGUUGUGUAUGAGAGGGUGCAUGGGAAGGACCACGUUUUUGAUGCGGAGCCGGGGUAUGAGAAUAAGGCGCUGUAUGAGUUUGUCAUGCGGUAUUUGUAGCCAACUAUACUAGAUCAGUAUCUUGAGUGAGAAGGUGCUAUAUUUGGAGCACCCAUAAAGUCCAAUUGCAUGCGCUUUGGUCAUAAAUGUAGUUCUGCUAUCAAAUAUCCUUGUUAUUAUGGGCAGAACAAUGUUACUCAUAGGGGCCUGCAUACUAGACCCACACA